AUGUCGGCCUCAGACCUAUACUCGAUGCUUCUGUCAAGCGAAGAUUCUUUCGCCACGGAGUACUUCGACACAGAUAGUCUUUCUUCUCUCGGAAGUGAUGCGAAUUUUCCGUCGCCCCUCGACAAUCCGACGAACCUGUCGGAGCUCCUACGAGAAUUCGGUCUACCGGACUUGCCGGACUGGUCCUCGCAGUUGGCAGACGGUUCUUCAAUAUACCACGACUUCCAUUCUCACUACACCUGGUCACCCCCCUUUGUCCCUUCGCCGCAUCCACGGUCGCCACCACCUCUUCCUGCGCUGGUCCCCGAACCUGAACCCGCGCUUGCAACACAGGAGCCAACCUCGACCACGCUGUCACCCACCCCUACAACAAACGGCGACGAAAGCUUCCACAUCGCUCCUAGCAUGGACGACACGGGGCUUGGAAGAACCAAAUCAAGUACUGUGGCGGUGGACGACUCGGGUUCAACAGCGCAGACGUGUGAAUUUGAGACCGAUCUCAGCGUCCAUGGAACAGCAUCCGAGUUGCACGAUCAAAAGGAUCAAGAACGCCAGACAGCGCAAUCUCCACAAGUACUGCGCCAGACCUUCCGAAGGAACUUGAAAAGACGCGCGGAAACAGACGAGGAGGAGGAUUGUGCCGGACAGUCUACCCUCAUGCCUCAGAAGAAACGGCCAAGACGAAGAUUGCAGAGCGAUGACGAGUAUCGCCCGAACUUGCGCCGUGCAUCUUCGUCCCGCCAAAAUACCCACAUCAAAUGUCCUUCAACGCACAUCGCGUGUCGCAAGAGUGGCUGCCAGCAAACCUUUACACGAGAGCGGGAUCGGGACCGGCAUGAAUCCGUUACGCAUGAACAGCGCAGAGUCCAAUGCCUGCAUUGCAACUUGAUACUCUCGCGCGCGGACUCUGCAGAGCGCCACUCGAGAAACAGACACAGGGGGAAACCGUUAUGGAUCGUGGCCGUCCAAAUUGUUGAAGAUGCACCAUCCGCGGACGAAGUAGCUGCCGGCGGAUGUGGCUCGACAGAAACCACAGAUAAUGCGACUCGUGUUGCCAGGCGAACUUCGACCCGUCCCAAUUCAUAA